CUGUAAAGAACAAAUGGGGAAGGUGUGUCCCUUGGGUCAAUAUCGAGUGUCAAUCAUCCCUCCCACUGCACUUAACAGCAUCGACUCGGAUGGCUUCUGGAAGGCCGCCUCAGCGUCGUGCACCAGUCCUCUCCUGGUCCUGGUGAACUCCAAAAGUGGAGACAACCAGGGGGUGAAGUUCCUCCGCAAGUUCAAGCAGCUUCUCAACCCGGCGCAAGUCUUUGACCUGAUGAACGGAGGACCAGAGCUCGGCCUACGCCUUUUCCAGAAGUUUGUGACGUUUCGUAUCCUGGUGUGCGGAGGAGACGGCAGCGUGGGCUGGGUGCUCUCAGAGCUGGAUAAACUCAACCUCCAUAAACAGUGCCAGCUCGGUGUGCUGCCUCUGGGCACAGGUAACGACCUGGCUCGUGUUCUGGGCUGGGGAGGCCUCUGUGACGAUGACGCUCAGCUGCUGCAGAUCCUGGAGAAGCUGGAGAGAGCCACCACCAAAAUGCUGGACCGAUGGAGUGUGAUGACGUACGAGGUGCCCACAACCACUAAACGCACGCCAAUAGUGAAAGAAGACGACUGCCUUGAUUAUCCUCUGCAGACCCACAUCACUCAGUAUGCUGACUCCGUGGCCUCCCACCUCGCCAAGAUCCUGGACUCGGACAAGCACAGUGACGUCAUUUCCUCUGCCAAGUUUCUGUGUGGGACGGUGAAUGAUUUUGUGGCGGAGGUGGGGAAGGCGUACGAGAGAGCCACAGAGAACAAGGAGGAGGCAGAUGCGAUGGCCAAGAAGUGUGCAUUGCUGAACGAGAAGCUCGAUUCCCUCGUCAAGGCCUUAAGUGAGGAAGCAGAGGCCCAGGUGGUGCCAGCUGGUUCGGUGCCCAGCCAGGAGAGUGGCGGCUCCAGCCCCAGCGAAAGUGGCGGCGAGUCGGGUUCAGAGGGUAAAACGUACCGGUCCAAGGAGCAGCUGAUGCUCAGGGCCAACAGCCUGAAGAAAGCCCUGAGGCAGAUCAUCGAGCAGGCCGAGAAAGUGGUGGACGAGCAGAACCGACACACGCAGGUCCAGAGGAUGUCAUCCUCGUCCUCCAUCAAAAGAGAAAACAGCGAGGACCUGAAGGAUGCUGAGCCGCGCCAAGGAAGCUUAAGCCCCACCUCCCCCAUUGUCCUUGAGAAACCAGAGAGCCUCAACACUGUCGCCUACAGCGAGGAGUCUGUGCAAUGUUCAGAGAAGUGUGUGAUGAACAACUACUUCGGCAUCGGCCUGGACGCCAAGAUUUCCCUCGAGUUCAACAACAAGAGAGACGAGCACCCAAAGAAAUGCAGCAGUCGCACCAAGAACAUGAUGUGGUACGGAGUGCUGGGGACUAAAGAGCUGGUCCAGAAGACGUACAAGAACCUGGAGCAGAGAGUUCAGCUGGAGUGUGACGGUGUUCCCAUGUCUCUGCCAAGUCUGCAGGGCUUAGCUGUGCUCAAUAUCUCGAGCUACGCAGGCGGUAUCAACUUCUGGGGAGGCACCAAGGAGGAUAAUAACUUUGGUGCUCCAUCAUUUGACGAUAAGAAGUUGGAGGUGGUGGCGGUGUUUGGCAGCAUGCAGAUGGCCAUGUCCAGAGUCAUCAACCUGCAGCACCACCGCAUUGCACAGUGCCGCCAGGUGAGGAUCACCAUCCUCGGGGAGGAGGGGGUUCCCGUGCAGGUGGACGGAGAGGCGUGGAUCCAGCCGCCUGGCAUCGUCAAGAUCGUCCAUAAGAACCGAGCGCAGAUGCUCACCAGAGACAGAGCGUUCGAGAGCACGCUGAAGUCGUGGGAGGACAAGAGAAAGAUCGACAGCUACCGCGACACCAGGCCCCGCCUUAACUCUCAGCAGUCCAUGGAGUACCUGACUGAGGAGGAGUGCGCUCAGGUGCAGCAGCUGGGCAUCGUGGCCGACACGCUCAUCGCCAAGAUCCGUGAGGCAGCCAAAACCCACAAGCUGGUGGAGCAGGAGCUGGCUCACGCUGUCAACGCCACGGCCCUGGUGCUCACGGAGGCCAAACUGUCCAGCCCUGAGUGUCUAAGUCGCACCACGGCGGUGGAAAUCGUCAACAGCAGUAAAGUUCUCCAGGCCGAGACCAGCAUGCUGCUUGAUGGAAAACUACUGUCAGAGUCUCCAGAGGAAGAGGAGCUUCGGUCAACUCUGAACAGCCUCAGUGCCGAGCUCCACAAGCUGGAUGACAUCCACUGGAUCUGUCCACUCAUGCAGUGCUCCGAGGAGGACUCGGUG